CUCGAGAGCAACUAGUUAGGUCUAUCCAAAAUGGCGACGCACAUCUAGGGGGCGAGUGUAUUCAUUUCGUCACGUCUCUUACACUUGUCAUUGUUGGAUUAACCCAGAAGGCAUGUUUACAAACAUAACCCUGCGGACUAUUUUAAAGUCCUCGGCGGGUGUUCUGCGAGAAAGUGGCGCCCUGUGCGCAGCUGUGUCUGCGUCACCACUGAAGGGCUGCUCUGCGUUGUGGUCGGCACCUAAAGUCAGCUGCGUGUCGGGUAGCUUUUCCUCUCCAACAUUAGUCCGACAUUAUGCGCGCAUGGCCAAGAAAAAGGUCACAGGUCCUCAGAGUCAACUCAGCGACCUUCCUCCGACAAUGCUAAAGAUGGAUUAUGCGGCUGUACCCCUCGCUCAAACAACAGACGAUAUUGUCAAAAGGCUUCUUUCGUUGGAGCUGGCCAAUCAUAGUGAAAAGCUCCAGCUGAAAACGGAGCAGCUGAUCAGCAAAGUGCGGCGCCAUGAGAACGACCGCACCUCAGUGGAGGUCCAGGUGGCCAUUCUCACAGCAAGAAUCCGGAACCUCCAGGAGCAUUUGCUCAAACAUCACAAGGACAAAUCCAAUAAGAGACGCAUGCUCAUGGCCAUUGACAGGAGGAAAAAGCUGUUGAAGAACCUGAGGCUGGUUCGCUAUGAGGCCUUUGAGAAGGUCUGCGAGCAGCUGGGCAUCACCUACACGUUCCCCCCAGAGUACUACAGGAAAGCAACUCGCCGCUGGGUGGCCAAAAAGGCCUUUUGCAUUAAGGUCUUCCAGGCAGUGCAGAAGCAGAAAGCCGAGCAGAAGCUGAAACUGAAGCAGAGCUCGGAUACCGCCGCCAACGCCGCCGCUGCUGCUCAGACAGAAGUUAAAAGCCUGUAGGUGUAAACAAAUGUCCAUCCAAACAUUAUCUGUACUGCUUUACCUGCCAUUAACCCAAAAUAAAAGA